UAUGAGAAACCAAUCGUCAAUCGUCGGCCGGAAGUCAGUACCAGCGAAAAAAUCAAAAAGUGAUUUCAAAGAGGCAACUAACAUCAGCCGAUGCCUCUUAACACUUCUCGGUUUAUGGCUAUCAGAAAAUCCCACGAAACUCCUAAAAAAAGUGUUAUUGGACUUAUCAAUCGUCAUCUGCUAUUUCCUCAUAUUUUUUCUCCUCAUCCCAUGCGCUCUUCACACAUUUAUUAUCGAAAAAAAACCUAAAAAGCAGAUGAAGAUGAUUGGACCGAUGAGUUUCUGCGUUAUGGCAUUGAUAAAAUAUUUUUUUAUGAUCAUAAGGCGAGAAAAAAUUCGCGGGUGUCUCCAUCAUAUUGAGAUUGAUUGGCGAAGAGUUGAGAGUCUUGAGGAUCGAGAGAUAAUGGUGAAGAAUGCUAAAAUCGGUCGUUUCAUCACAAGUUUAUGUGCCACGUUUAUGUACAGCGGUGGAUUUUUCUAUCGAACAAUUUUACCAUUCGCUCUACCGAGAAAAUUACUACCUGAUAACACAACAAUGCGGCCCCUUCCGUAUCCCGUCUAUAGACCCCUAUUUAAUUCACAAAAUACCCCUGUUUAUGAAAUAGUAUUCACAACCCAAUGGUUCGGGGGUUUUGUUAUAUAUACCAUUACUGUCGCUGCAUGCAGUCUUGCUGCUGUCUUGACUCUCCACGCAUGUGGUCAACUGAAAAUUGUCAUGUCACGACUCAAUGAUUUUGUAGAAAACAGUGUGGGCACCGAUAAAACUCUGACGAGUAAACUGGGGGAGAUUGUGGAUCUCCAUUUUCGCGCAUUGCAAUUUGCUGUGAAGAUCGAAGGCCUUCUGAACGAAAUUUGCUUCGUAGAAUUUAUUGGCUGCACCAUGAACAUAUGUUUCCUGGGGUAUUACUUGAUCACGGAAUUGGAACAAGGUAAAAGUUCAACAAUAGCAGUUGUAACGUAUCUCUUCUUGAUAACAUCAUUCACAUUUAAUAUUUUUAUCUACUGUCACAUUGGUGAACUUCUGAAUCAGCAGGGGAAAAAAGUUGGGACAACUGCAUACAUGAUAAAUUGGUACGAACUUCCAGGGAAGAAUGCGAGUGGUUUGAUUAUACUUCUGGCCAUGUCCAAUUGUCCAGUGACAAUUACAGCUGGAAAAAUGGUGGAGUUGUCAUAUGCCACUUUCUGCAAUGUGGAGUGUCACGGAUUUUAUUUAUUUUCUCAACAGACAAUGAAGAUCCGGAAGCAUUAACUGUUGAUUUGUUGCAGGUUCUUAAAACGGCGAUGGCAUACUUCAAUCUAUUAAAGUCAGUCAUUUUGUAACCGAUGACUCGUGGAUAUUGUGAUCAAUAUCUUUUGGAUUAUGAAACGCUCGGUUGUAGGAUUGUUAGCAUAAAUUUUUAAUUGAUAGAUAAUUAUGAAAUUCUUGUAGUCUCACUUGUUUGUCGUUGAAAGAUUUUUAAAAUGGUUUAUAGUAGCUUUUUUAAACAAUCAUAAAGCAUAAGCUCUUGGUGAAUAAAUUUUAGAAGACAGAAUUUUACUGCCGACGUCAUUUUACGAGGCGUGGCACCUCCUCUUGUGUGGGUGGUGCUACAAUUGCCCCGCCUUAUUUAUCUGUUGAGGAUUUAU